CGGAUAUGACGUAAGGUGCCAGCGGACGGUCGGUUCCCCUCGUGUGCAGUGAGUGUUUGGAGCCGAGAUGGCGGCUCCUCUGGAGGUGAUAGUGACCAGUGACUCCGGCUCUCAGCUGUGGAACAGCACCGUGUUCGACCUCCACAGCGGCUCCAGCCUGCUCUCUUACCGGGGAGGGAACAGCUCGGCCCGGACACUCGCCGUUCUCCGCGGGGAGUUCCUGCUCUCCGCCCAGCUCGGCAAGAACUUCAUCAACGUCUGGGAGAUCCAGAGGAAGGAUCAGCUGCAGCAGAAGAUUGUGUGUCCAGGUGUUGUCACCUGUCUGACUGCUUCACCUAAUGGACUCUUCCUGGCUGCUGGAGUUGCUGAAGCCAUUUACCUGUGGGAGGUGUGCACAGGUAAGCUGCUGUCUGUCCUCAGUCGUCACUACCAGGAUGUCACCUGUUUGAAGUUCACAGACGACAGCAGCCAUUUUGUUUCUGGAGGAAAAGACAACCUGGCUCUGGUUUGGAGUCUGUGCAGUGUGAUCCAGCUUGAUUUAAGCCAUACCCCCGAGCCUCGCCACGUCCUGUCCCGUCACUCUCUACCAAUCACAGACCUGCACUGUGGCCUGAUGGGAGCUCAGGCCAGGGUCGCCACCGCCUCCUUAGACCAGACCGUCAAGGUGUGGGAGCUGUCCUCAGGUGAGCUGCUCCUGUCCGUCCUGUUUGACAUGGAGAUCAUGUCUGUGACCUUUGACCCGUGCGAGUACUUCCUGUUCUGUGGAGGAAGUGACGGCAACAUUUUCCAGGUGUCUCUGUGCAGCCAGAGUCUCAGCCGGGACAAAUCGUUCCAGUCCGACAACGAUGGAAACCAGGUCUUCAAGGGGCACAGGAACCUGGUGACUUGUCUAUCGGUGUCAAUGGAUGGGACGCUGCUUGCCUCUGGGUCACAUGAUGAGACGGUUCGACUCUGGGAUAUCCAAAGCAAACAGAGCAUCCGCUGCCUCACCCACAAAGGUCCGGUGACGAAUGCCACCAUCAUGGCGGCUCCGGCUAACAUGUUCCUGCCUGACAGUCGGCCCGCUGUCCCUCUUCCGCGCUUCAGCCGACACCUGCACGCCUCCGAGGUCGACGCCGGAGAGUCAGGAGAGGUUUGUGUCCGGCUCGGUCUCUGCACACAGGAGGAAGAGGAGACAUACCUCCAGAAAGCUGAUAGGCUGAACUCUCUGAUGAACGCUGUGACUGACAAGUCGGUGUUCGGUGACGGUGAAAACACAAAGGUUCGAGUCGCAGAGUUGGAAGAAGAAGUUCAGACUCUGAAAAAAAUCAACAAGGAUCUGUACGACUUCUCCAGCCAGCUGCUCACAAAGCCCACAUAAACACACACACAGAAACACAGAGAGACAAAAACAGACACACACACUCUUUGAUGAUUUCUGUUUAAAAAAUAAAAGCCUUUCGUUUUUGUAG